CGCCUCGUUUUGAAAUUUGUCUCGUUAUGGGUUUUCCAAUCAUAUGACAGCUUCCACACGUUAUUAUAUGGACAGGAAGCUUUCCGCUUCAAAGUAAUUGCUUCCAAAGUUUCGGCGAUUAAAUGCGAAUAUAUUUUAAAGGAUAGAAUCCACAAGAGGAAAUUGUUCCGAUUGAAAAUGAUUUACCAGAGCGUAAUGACGUAACAAGGUCUCAUGAGCAGGAAUAUUAAAUAGAGGACGACUACCAAGCAGUAACUAGUUGUCAUCCAUUUAACAAUGAAUGAAGAGGAGAAGCAAGGUUUCUAUGAGUGUUACCUACGUCUUCAACGUCACAAAAGACGGCUCCGUGAUUUUAUUGAGAUUCUGUAUUUGAAUGACAUCAUCACUCCGGAUGGUUACAUGGAUAUCAGACAGUCAAUGAAGAAACACUUGCCCAUUAAUAUUGCGAUCAUCCAUGCCAUUCCAAACGGAUGCAGAAAGGAAAGGCUACUAAACUGUCUAAAGAUGAAUAGUAAAUUGUACACCAGAUUUAAGAAUAAACUAUACAAGAAAAAUUCGCAACCUCUUGUGGCACCGCAAAGCCUACCGGCAAAUGGCUCGAACGAAAGCUACAUCAAUAACUUUUAUGAAAUGCUGAAAGCCACAGCAUUACGGAGUGGACGAUUAGAGUGGAAUGCAGAUUUUAAACGGUGGGCAAAUCAUCUUUCAUCCACGCUACAAACAAUGCCCACUGGCACUGAAAAACGCAAUGUGGCGGAUUGCUUCUUCGUGUUAUUAGAUUUACAGGCAGUCCUACAGAAACGACACGAGGCGGAUAAAUCACAACUAUGGACGCGCCCGGUGUUUCAAACCAUGGAAGGAAUUCUUUGUGAAACAUCAAAUCCUUCCCUUUCCAGACUCAUAUUCCAAUCUCGGAAGGGAACAGCAUGUGCACAGUCCCACCAAUUCGAUGAAGUGUUAAAAUACGCAUCCUUGGUGUUGUGUGAUGUUGCUAUGUUUUCAUGCGGGAAGCAGAUCGGUAGCUGCAUAUUUGCGGUCGUAAAUAUGUAUUUACAAUACUACAGUAGUCUCUGUCAAGCAAACAAGAUAACAGAAGCGUUGGAAUACAAGGAGCGGAUCCUGCAUUGGGUGGAGGUUGGAUAUAAUCACUUCGCCCAUGAGGAAAGAGAUAUACAGCUUAACUGGAGAAGAGUGUAUUUAGACAAGAAAAUUUACUGUCAUCUCGGGAUAGAUAUUUUAUCUAGAGAUAUUGCGGGUGCUCAAAUAACAGACAAUGAUAUAAAGGCGGCAAAAUGGUGUAUUUUUGAAAUGAUGGAAUUAAAAGAUGGGAUGGAAAGAUUGAGGUUGCUGCAUCUUUUCGUAGCAUGUGCAAAAGUGAAUCGGCUGGAGGGACGUCAGGAGGUGGCGAAAGGCUACUGUAAAGAAGCAUUAAAACAUGCUGAAGAAGGGAAGUUCCUAUCUGAGGUUGCAGUUUUGAAAGAACAUGCAUCCUCAACUACUAUAUGUCCAGGUAUCCCGAUGACAACACUUCUUUAUCAACGUACAGCUUCUGAACACGACGAGACAUCUUCAUACAAGCCAGAUGAAACUUCCAAACCGUUAUCUCCGGAACCUAUGGAAGAUCAAAUCCAACUCGAAUCAUUUUGGAUAGAGAUGUUGAAAAAGCUUCAUAUAACUAAACCCAACAUUUAAUCGAAAGCCUGGGGCCGCGGUGGCCGAGUGGUUAAGGUGUCCCGACACUUUAUCAGUAGCCCUCCACCUCUGGGUUGCGAGUUCGAAACCUACGUGGGGCAGUUGCCAGGUACUGACUGUAGGCCGGUGGUUUUUCUCCGGGUACUCCGGCUUUCCUCCACCUCCAAAACCUGGCACGUCCUUAAAUGACCCUGGAUGUUAAUAGGACGUUAAACAAAAACAAAUUAAUCGAAAGCAAACUGUCAAACAUGUCUUGACACCUGACGUGACGGUAAAUUAAUAUCAUAGUCAAAUAUGUCAACCAAAGAUGUCUUCGUGAGGGUUGGCAGUGAUCGAGGAAUCAGUCUAUUUGAAAUUGUCUGGUUUUAAUUUUGACGAUAUAUUUUAAUUUAAUAUUCAAGUAUUUUAUACUCAGCUUUACAACGCCACGAUUUCAAGUGGUUUUCCCCUCAACAUUUGCUUUUAGAAUGUUCGAUGAUAUUGUAACAAGUCAUAUUUGUCAGUGUAUUUAGCUGUGUUAUUAUAAAUCUGUACGGGAAGUUAUAUAAAUGCCCCAGCCGUGUUGAACGCGGGCAUUCAGUUGCUUUCUACUAUUCGUCGUCUAUGGUUACAAAGAAUAUCGGUUAAUUUAUUCUUACUUAAAACAAAAAGUACUGAUUUUUUUAUGUAAUAUCUCACGACAUCAACAAAAUUAGAAGAGGUCUGUAUCGCUUACAUGAUUUUUUAAUGCUGCUGAUAUUCUUGCUUUUAGUAAUACACUGUAUAAGUAGUAACAUUUCCCUCAAUAAUAAUAGGAAUACAUGCUGCCUCGGAGUACCGUUGGGAACAACAUAUUUCCUUUAUAUAACAUCUUAGUUUUAAAACAACGCAUUAAUACCUGAUAUGUUAUUCCAGGAACGUCUGAUUUUUUUUAUUCCUGGAUUAUCCAGGCCAUAUUAGGCCAAAGUCUUUAUACG